GACAUGAGCGGACGAGUUGGAGACUUGAGCCCAAAGCAGGAUGAAAUCUUAACUGAGUUUCGGGGGAGGAUCCAGGACAUCCUCCCGGACCUGCCUGCACAGCACGACCACUACCUCCUCCGCUGGCUCAGAGCCCGAAGCUUCAAUGUUCAGAAAGCUGAAACCAUGAUCAGAAAGCACCUGGACUUCAGGAGGAAGAUGAAAGUAGACACCAUCAUAUCUGACUGGACUCCUCCAGAGGUGAUUGAGAAGUACGUGUCUGGAGGGAUGUGUGGAUACGACCGAGAGGGAAGUCCCAUCUGGUAUGACGUGAUCGGCCCCCUGGAUCCUAAAGGUCUCCUGCUGUCGGCGACCAAACAGGACUUCCUGAAGACAAAGAUCAGGCACACAGAGAUGCUGCAGCGGGAGUGUCGGCGGCAGUCUGAGAAGUUGGGGAAGAACAUUGAAGCCAUCACUCUGAUCUAUGACUGCGAAGGACUCGGACUGAAGCACAUCUGGAAACCUGCUAUUGAGACCUAUGGAGAGAUCCUCACCAUGUUUGAAGAUAACUAUCCAGAGGGGCUGAAGAGAGUGUUUCUUAUCAAAGCUCCUAAAAUGUUUCCCAUGGCCUACAACCUGAUCAAACACUUUCUGUGUGAGGAAACGCGCCGGAAGAUCAUCGUUUUAGGAAGCAACUGGCAGGAAGUGUUGUGCAAACACAUCGACCCAGAGCAGCUUCCUGUGGUUUACGGAGGAACCCUGACUGAUCCUGAUGGAGACCCUCGCUGCAGGACCAUGCUCAAAUAUGGCGGUACGGUUCCCAGGUCGUACUACGUUCAGGACUCGGUGAAGGUUCAGUACGACGGCAGCGUGACCAUCAGCCGCGGCUCGAGCUACCAGCUGGAGUAUGAUGUGACAGCAGCCAGCAGCCUUCUGAGGUGGCAGUUUGCCAGUGAUGGAGCGGAUAUUGGCUUUGGGGUGUACAGACGGACCAAAGAGGGUGGCGGUCAGAAAGUGGCUGAGAUGCUGCAGGUUCUGCCCAGUGAACGCUACAAUGCCCACCUGGUCCCUGAGGACAGCUGCCUCACCUGCACCGAGCCCGGAGUCUACGUGCUGUGCUUUGAUAACAGCUACAGCAUCCUUCAGUCCAAGAGGGUGAGCUACAAAGUGGAGGUCCUCCCUCCCCCGGACGGACAGGUGCAGACAGACAGGAGUCCUCGCAGCAGAGGAGACAGAAGGCUGCAGUGA